UUUAUUCGUUAGGAUUUUGUUAAUUUUUAUACUUCCGGGUGCCAACGGAGCAAGAAUUUUCUGCCAAAUCUGGAUUUUUGGCUCAGUCUGGGCAUAUUUCUGUCCAAAUUUCGUAAACUGAAUGAUGGACGCACCGUCAAAUUAUCGACAAGCAUCUGGUAAAAGAAAAGGUGGGAAAAGCAGAGCACAGAAACCUCCAUUGUUUGAUGAUACAAGUGUCCAGCAAGGACCCCCACAACAAGGUUACGGACAACCACAGACCAAUUUCUAUGAUCCAGGAAGCCAGCAAUUUGGUGGUCCAGCACCUGGUCAAGAUCAAGCAUGGGGGAACCAGUUUGCUGGUCAACAAAUCUUCAACGAUCCAAUGGCAAAUAUGGCUGUGCAGUAUGGUACCUCUUUAGCUGGACAAGGCAAAGAUUUAGUCAAUAAAAAUUUAGAAAAAUAUGUGUCAACAUCGAAAUUAAAAUACUACUUUGCAGUAGACACAUCAUAUGUUGGAAAGAAAUUAUUUAUGCUACUCUUCCCUUAUUCUCACACAAAUUGGUCAAUAAAGUUUGAUCAGGAUCAGCCAGUAGCGCCAAGGUUUGAUGAAAAUGCUCCAGAUUUAUAUAUCCCAGUGAUGGCAUUUGUUACGUAUGUUUUAGUUUCGGGAAUAGUAUUAGGAACACAAGACAGGUUUACACCAGAACAACUGGGGUUACAGGCCAGCACUGCAUUAGUGUGGAUAAUAAUUGAGCUAGUGGCUGUCAUGCUUAGUUUGUACAUAAUGAAUCUAUCAACAGAACUUAAAUAUAUGGACGUUCUUUCAUACACGGGGUACAAGUUUGUGGGAAUGAUCUUCAGUUUACUAGGAGGGAUGCUGUUCCAGUCUACAGGUUACUAUGGUGUCCUGGCAUGGUUCAGUAUUGCUAUUGUUUUCUUUUUGGUGCGUACAUUAAAAAGUCAGAUCAUGCCACGUUCAGAGACUGAAGGUUACUCGGGGUCAGGGACCAAAAGAAGUUUAUAUCUUAUACUGUCCAUAUCUUUAGCUCAACCAUUUCUUAUGUGGUGGCUAACUAGACAUAUUUUGUUUGCUAAAUAGUGAUUGUGGCAUAUGUGUUAACUGAAAUAACGUGUAAUCUGAAACUGUGUAAUGAACUUUGGGAGCUAAAAUAAUUUGAAACAUUUGUGUAAAUAGGUAACGUCACUGCAAUUUUCUUGGAGAAGAAAGAAGUGCAGUGGUAGAAAUUGCCAUCAGUUUUAAGCUCUAUGUGGAUUUAUAUAUAUUUCAAGAAGAUUUAUGCAGGAAAAAUGUGAAAAAAAUUGUACAAUUCUUUAAUAUAGGGAAAGAGUAUUUGAAGUUUUUUUGCUCCUAUGAAAAUCGUAAUUUUGCAUCGGGACAAGGAAAGAAAAGGAAGUGGAUAUGUAGAUGUUAUCAGCUUGGCUUAUUAUGAAGAUGGAGUGUCUCUGAUGGAAAGGUCAUACCUGAGCGUCAGAUAACUGAUGACAAGAAAUGUAACUUGCAACUGGUCUGUAAAUAUGGUAAAUCAAUACAUCUAGAAGAAAUGACUUAAAUUAUGUAUUGUACAAAGCAGUUUUUGGAAUACAAAGGCAUUAAGUAAAGAAGAAAGCAUCAUUUAUAAGGUUCUGUAUGAAAAGACCAUUAUUUGAGAGACAUGAAAAUCAGUCUUUAUGUGCAAGCAGUCCUUAAGCUCAAGUAAAAAUAAGUUGUUAAGAUUUAACCUGGAAAUACACAAAUUAUCUAUUUUUUUUUUCAUUAGACAUAAUAUUUUUUGCAGGCUAUAUCCAAAAUAUAUUAUACCAUGUACACUGGAACACCUCUGAACAGAAUUAAUCAAAGGAGAAAUUUAAUUUUGAAUGGUUUAAAGUUCAGCCAUGUUAUUUUUUAAUACAAAGAAUUUAAUCCAUACCAAAAACAAAUGUUCUGUUUGGAAAGAAAUCUGAACUGGUUUAAGAGAGGUUUCACUGUAUUUUCAUUCAAUGUAAAUGACCACUGCAUAAUGUCAUCAGAUAAUAUUCAAAUUAUUAAACUAUUUUUUUAUGCCCCCCAAGGGAGGCAUAUUAGUUUUCAACUGUCCGUCCAUUCGUUUGAUAGUUUGUUCGUCACAAUGUUGACUUUUUGCAUGAAGGCACUUUACUCGCGAACCACUGCACCCAGGACCUUCAAACUUCACAUGCUAAUAGUACUUAUUGAGUAUACCGCCCCUGCUGACUUUGGGGUCAAGGUCAAGGUCACAGGGGCCAACGUUAACUUUUUGCAUGAAGGCACUUUACUCGCAAACCACUGCACCCAGGACCUUUAAACUUCACAUGCUGAUAGUACUUAUCGAGUACACUAUCCCUACUGACUUUGGGGUCAAAGGUCAAGGUCACAGGGGCCAAUGUUAACUUUUUGCAUGAAGGCACUUUACUCGUGAACCACUGCACCCAGGACCUUCAAACUUCACAUGCUGAUAGUACUUAUUGAGUACACCACCCCUACUGACUUUGGGGUCACCAGGUCAAAGGUCAAGGUCACUGGGGCCAACGUUAACUUUUUGCAUGAAGGCACUUUACUCGCAAACCACUUCACCCAGGACUAUCAAACUUUACAGGCUGAUAGUACUUUAUGAGUAUACCAACCCUACUGACUUUGGGGUCACCAGGUCAAAGGUCAAGGUGCUGCGGGGGCAUUUGUCACCAUUAGUGACAGCUCUUGUUUUUUACUCUUUACCCUGCUAAAUUUCUAAAAUGGACUGGUCCAUCAUUCAAUUUGGGCACUACCAUUUAUUAUUAAAAGGGGUGUUCAGUGAAACUUUACUGACUGAAUAGCGAACAUUGCAGACCAUUAUCAGCCUGCACGGAUAUGCAGGUAGAUCUUGGUCUGCACUAGUCGCAAAGGCAAGAUCAGCCAGCAAGCUAAAGGUUAAGAAUAUUUUUGGACUUAACAAAAUGAUUGUGUAUUUAUAUUUUUAGUAGCUAGGGCAGAUAUUGUGUGAAAACAUACUGUCAAAUGUGGGCACAGUAUUUCAUGGAUUUGGCCAAAACAUUAAGUUUCACUGAUACAUACAUUGGUGGAAUUCAGAUUUCAUUGAGACUUGAACUUCAGGGAUUGAUACAACAAUAAAAUCCAGAAAAAUAAAUCCCAACAUAAAUAAUGAUUUGACAGUGUAUAUUUUAGACAUGCCUAGCCAGUUUAAUUCUGUGUGGAAGGAGCAAUGUGUUUCUGCCAAAAUAAUUCAUUUAAAACUGUUUGAUAUUUUGUAUUAAUGUGCUAAAGGUAGUAAUGUGUGUGCGGUCUACAAUGUAGAAUUUGAUUAAACGCUUAUUUUUCAGAACUGUAGACCAUAUACUUCAGAAUUGUUCUUAAGGGGCAAAUAAGAAAAGAAAAGGUUGUGUGCUUGAUAUUUUUUUGGACUGAUUGGAGAAAUUUGGACCUCACUCAAGUUUUCUUAAUUGGAAUCUGUGAGAAAAUCACAAAUUCGAUGAAAUUUUUACACUAAUACAAUUUUUUUCUACAACAUACAUGUAGAUUUUUUAUUGAAAUUUCUAACAGCCAUUAAUAAUCAUAUCAACUAUAAUAUGAUGUAACAGUCUUGGGGUAUUUUUCUGAGAUAUUUGCCCUUGAUUUUAGAGUUCCAUACUUUUCAAGCUAAUUCUGAGACAUUAUAUUUUUUGAAUUAUUUAACAUGUCCAACUUUUAAAUAUCAUUUUUUAUCUCUAGAAAGAUGGUUAAUUUGUGGUUUUGAUAAAUUUACUCAAUGGUUAACAUAAAUUCAUAAAAUGAUCUUUCUUUCUAUAUAUGUAUCGUGUCUAUGCUUUAUUCUAUGUUAUCCGGGGGCGGGGCGUAUUUUCUCCGUGACAGUUUGAUAAAAGACAUUGUGUCUGAAAUCAUUCAUCCUCCACCUCUGAUAAUUCUUGUGGGGAAGUUGGCAGUUACUUGUGUAGAACAGGUUUGUACUGGUAUAGAAUCUUGAUAUUUAUGAGUCAUAAAAUUCCUUAAAAAUAUGACAAACUGUCUUUUAACUUACUGACAGGAAAAUUGUCUUGAAAGGAACUUUGAUUUAAUGUUUGUAUGUAUAAAGUAUGAUCACAUGUACAAAAGCUUCAUCAUGAAUUUUGCAUCAAGUCUUGCCAUUUUCAUGAAUAGACAUAGUUUAAAUUUUGAAUUGGAAGGCAAAAUAUACAUUUUGCAUUUUAUCUAUUACAAUCAAAUUAGUUUUGUAAUAAACAUUUCACUGCUGAAUUGGUGCAAAGUAUUUAUGUCUUUUUGAAUUGUUAUCACAUUAUCAAGUUAUUGUUUAUUAUUGCUUUGGUGGGAAUGGCUACACUAUUAAUCCUCUGGGGGCUUCCUGGUUGUGUUUAUUAUGUCCGCCUUUGAAGAAGAUGAGUUAUACUGCAAAUAUGUCUGUUGAUCUGUCUGUCUUUGGGUUGGUAGACAAAAUGGUUAUUAUAUACUAGGGAUCGAUGGCAACGAACAGCAUUUUUGGUAUUGGAUAUUUGGUCAACCUUCCGAACGAAUAUUCAAAUAUUUGGUUACAGGCCGAUAAAUGUUCAGACAGAUCAAAAACUUAUGUGUUUAUCAUAUCCUAAUCAACGAUUUGCAUAAAUUCUACAUUCGUAUACCCGGGUAGCCUCCAUUGUCGAGUGGUUAAGGCCUCUGACUUGGACUCACUUGCCCCUCAUCGAUGAGGGUUUGAGUCUCACUCUGGAUGUUGAAUUCAUUAGGUGAUGAAGCCAUAAGGUUGACUUACAGAAUGUCAGAGUUCAAUCCAUGUGCCCAGUUUUUGUUUGAUCAUAUUUUAUGAAUAAGCGGAUGUGACGUCCACAUUAGCAUAUAUUAUUAUAAAUGAAAUAUGAUUUGUCAUAUUUUAGUUAAGUAUGUAUGGUAUUUAUUGCUUGCAAGAAUUUUGAGAUUUUAUACUUACACCAGUGUAUGGCCUCUUUGCUCACAGGUUUCAAAUAUUUGAAGUUUUCUUAUUUUCAAUACAAGAUACAGUAUUUCAAAAGCAGUGGGCAUUGCAUGAUGUUAAUAGUUUUGUUUACUUCAGAUUUAUUCAAGUCAGAAAAUUAUUGAAGAUUAUAGGUGACUUUGUUUGUUAGACGAAUUUUUAUUUAAUACUGGCAGUAGCAAUUGACUUGAAAGAUUAUUUAAUAGGCAUUCUGAAAAAAUAUACCAUUUUCAAGUAACCGCUGCUACUAUUUUAGAUAUACCGGUAUAUGCAAUACAAUACAUCAAAUUUUACAAACUGGUGAAAAUUCUAAUGGAUCAUUUAUUAAAAAAAGAUAUUUGAGCCAGCAGAAAUGAUCCUUUACUUUUUGCAAACAAACGAACGUGAAAAUCAGGUGCCCCUGUGUCCAAGCGGUAAAGGUCACUGACUUUGAAUCACCUGCUAUUAGCUAUUUUGAAACCUUUCUUUUGGGUUUAGAAAGUUUUAAUGUGAAAAAGCUGUCAAUCCUGCUUUGGAAGUUUAGUUAUACCCUGGUGCCUGACUCUGUUUGAAAUAAUGCCUGGAAGGGCAGGGAUGGGUUUCCUCUACAAGUUAAUGCUAGAAAGUAGCCAUAUGACCUUCGGUGCGGGUAAGCUAUUAGUAUAGGCGGAUUGUCUGGCAUCUUGGCCUACUAGGGGCCACUACAGUUGUUUCUAUUCAUGAUUCAGUGUGUCAUAAAUAUACUCAAGGUCACACAGACAAGGUCAUGUGAGUGACUUGGGGCCACUAUGGUCCUAUUUUAUACAUAUAGAUGGGUGGGGUGGUGGAGAUUUUGUUGUAGUGACAAUCAUGUUAUUAAAGAAAAAGAGAUAGCUAUAUGUAAAAUAUUGGAAAAGUAAAAGCUGCCUCUAUAAAUAUAUAGGGAUAGUUAAGAUUUAGUUCUUGAAAUACAACCUAAUCAGUAUGUGAAAGUUUGAGACUUACUUAAUUGAAAACUUACCAUUUUGAAAAUGCUCCAGAAUGAAUUUGUAUUUCAUAUGAGAAUACAUUUAUGAAUUAUAUCAAGGUAGGUCAGAAAUGAUGCGGAGUGGGUCCAGAAACAGAAAUAAAUUACCUUGUUUUUGUGUUUUCAUAUUUAGUAAAUGUUCACAAUUAUAGUUAGAAAAAUAAUGUGCAGUUGAAUGUUCCAUAUUUAUUGAUCUGGCCUUCUUAUGAAAAAGAAACUUGCAUAUAAGGGCUGUGACUUAUUGCCUACAAAUUUUAACAUAAAAUUACACAUGGAAACUAGUCACUAACAGUUUACCCAUUGUUGAUACUUAAAUUUAGUUUAUACUUAAUAUUAGUUUAAACUUAUUUCUACCUAAUUUUAGUUUAUUCUAAAUUUAGUUUUAACUUAUUUCUUGUCUUUCAUUGACAGUUCACUAAUUAUUACCUUUAGUCAAAUAUUAAUGCGGAGUUAUCUUUGAAAUUAUGAUUAAAUAUAUGUUAAGAAAUGGUCAGGAUGUAAAAUUUGUAUAUGACAUAUACAUGUGUAUGCAUGAUAUAAAGCUUUAAAUGUUCUAUAUAAGAAUAGUUGUUUUUGUGUAUGUCUUAGAAUGCUACAAUAUAUUUAUGUACAUAAUUCUUACAUGACCAUGUUUCAAGUUACUGUAAACAUUGUGCCUAUUGAAUAAUGAUAUACAUUUUCUUGCAGAAUAAAAGUACAUGAAAACAUAUAA